CUGUAUUCUAGGAUGCAUCACAGAUGGAAGAUUUUGUCUCCACAGCCACAAUGUUCUGUCUGCUGAAUCUCAUCUGCGCUGAUUUACAAGCCCAAAGCUGUCACAGACCCCAAUUACUCCCUUAACAGAGGAUUCAGUCAGUACAAGAGAAACAGUUACACGAUAUUAGUUACAUGAUAAUUUCUGUACCUACUUUCAGAAUGCUGUACAAAGAAGAGCAAAUUAUGACAUCGACAUCUAAAGGAAUUUUCCGGCCAUUUUUUAUUAUCUUCAUUAUCCUUGGUUGUUUCAUGGCAUUUAUAUUAAUUUAUAUCAAACCAACAAAUAGCUGGAUUUCUGGUCCUAUAGAAUCAGCCAGUUCAGUGUUGAAAAUGAAGAACUUCUUUUCUUCCAAAACUGAUAAUCUCAAUGAAACUACUGUUUUGAUCUGGGUUUGGCCAUUUGGUCAGACGUUCGAUCUGACGUCCUGCCAAACGAUGUUCAACAUCCCCGGGUGCCAUCUGACCAUUGACCGCUCGCUCUAUAACCGAUCCCACGCUGUCCUCAUUCAUCACAGAGACAUCAGCUGGGAUCUGGCCAAUUUACCUCAGCAAGCCAGGCCACCGUUCCAGAAGUGGAUUUGGAUGAACUUGGAGUCUCCAACUCAUACUCCACAAAAGAGUGGCAUCGAACACCUUUUUAACCUGACCCUGACUUACCGGCGUGAUUCAGAUAUCCAGGUGCCUUAUGGCUUCAUGAUGGUUGGCACCAGUUCCUUCACAUUUGAAGUACCAAGUAAGGAAAACUUGGUCUGUUGGGUUGUGAGUAACUGGAACCCUGAGCACGCUCGAGUCAAGUAUUACAAUGAGCUCAGCAAAUACAUUGAAAUCCACACCUACGGACAAGCCUUCGGAGACUACGUCAAUGACAAAAACCUCAUUCCAACUAUCUCCACGUGCAAAUUCUACCUUUCCUUUGAAAAUUCAAUCCACAAAGAUUACAUUACUGAGAAACUCUACAAUGCUCUUCUGGCUGGAUCAGUACCAGUCGUACUGGGCCCUUCCAGAGAAAAUUAUGAGAAUUACAUUCCAGCAGACUCUUUCAUACAUGUGGAAGAUUUUCUCUCCCCCAGAGAGCUGGCAGAAUAUCUUCUGAUGCUUGACAAAAAUAAUAAGAUGUAUCUUAGUUAUUUCAACUGGAAGAAGGAUUUUUCAGUGCAUCUUCCUAGGUUCUGGGAAUCACAUGCAUGUCUAGCUUGUGAUCACGUGAAAAGACACCAGGAAUACAAGUCCAUUGGAAAUUUAGAAAAAUGGUUUUGGAAUUAAUUUGUGGGGGGUGUGUGUGGGUGUGUGUGGGUGCGUGUGUGCAUUUUUUUGAAGAAGCCAGAAAGGACUUCAGUCCAAGUGGAGAGGAGAGGAAAAGCGAAAAAAAGGAAGGAAAAGAGAAUCUCACAUCAUGGUUUAUCAGUUAUUCUCUUUUGGCUAUCCUAUUUAUAUUUUGUAAGAGAUUUUAAAAGAUCAGCAGCAGCAGUCAUCAGUACUCAGUUUCAAAUUAUAAUAGAUAUACUAAUUAUGUGCACUGAAGAGUAUUUGAUUGCUUAUUAUAAAUUUAAAACAAGAUUUUCCACAUUUUCUGUGAAACAUGUCUCAGUCUUUCACUUGAAGUACUCAUUUUUAUAUUUUCUUUUUUUUUUUUUACCAUUAUCUUUGUUGUUUAACCUAUUUGGAAAAUGAGGAAACAAUUUUUAAAUGUCAGAGAAAAUUUUAAGAACAUAAUUUGUUGUUCCAGAUAGAAAUAUGUGUAACACUUCAAAAGACAGCUAAGUUUCAUAUGUUCAUCUUGCAUUUAAGAGCACAGUAGAGUACAAUACCUAUCAUUAUGGAAGUGUGAUUAAUUGCCCCCUUUUUAAGGGUAAUGAACCUAGAACUAUAGCUUUUUAAACGUAUUAGAAUAGUGGAUAGUCUUUGUUUCUAAAAAGGUUUCCUAACAAAUGGUCCCUUUAGGUUGCCUUAGGAAUAUGUCUCUUCUUACCCUCUGAAGAAAAGAGAAGUCAUAUUUAGAGAAAAUGACUAAUCCUGCUGACCAGAACCCAGAUUAAUCAAAUUUUUGAGUGUAUUCAAACACAGCACACCCUUGGCCUUCAAUAUGUCUCAAGUAUUUUUAAUCUGAACCAGGGCUUUAAGUAGUGUUACACUGAAAUAAACAGAUUUUAAAAAAGGUGUUUUAUUACAUCAGACUUAUGCACUGAAUUCAGCUGGUAAUAAUGGAUUUUUAGAAGCACUUUGCUGAGAAAUUUUAGAAAGCUCUCUCAUAUAAUUUCUUGAAUAAUAGUGAAUUUUCCCCCAAUUCUAUAAACAUCUGUUGAAUUUUAACUGUAGCUGGACAACUUGAUGUUAUGACACAUAAGUGCGGGAAAAAUUACUAAGCAGUCAAUUUUCUGAGAGAAAUUUGCUGAAAUUUAGUAAAUAAGCUAUGAGGCUAUAUAAACUUCCAACUUACCAAGCUAAUAAAUUUGGGGGGUUGAAAAUAUUGUGUAUGAAAGGUAUUACAAAUGAACUCUUCAGAGCAACAACUGCUAUCAAUAUUUGAUAAUAUAAGUAGGUUUUUAAGUAUCAAAUUUGCUCUAAUAGCAAAACCAAAAUUUUGAUGGUUGUCAUAAUUUUAAGAUGUCUGCUUCAAACAUGUAUCAUUUGAUUUUACUACUUCUUUCUCUCAGCUAAGACGAAUUUCUGAUUGCCAUAUAUAUUCAUAUAUACAAGGUUGGUUUAAUGGCAUAAAUGUAGGGGUAUGCUUUAAUAUCAAAUGACAGCAAAUCAGCUUGGAUUUUCAGGUCAAAGUGCUGCAAAUCACACCUGCUACUGGAAAAAAAAAAAAGAAAAAAGGUAAACUGGAAAGACUUCUGCUUGUGAGAUGAAUAAGACCCUGGUCAAGCUAAGUAGUUAAUCAAGUAACUGAGAUUAAAUUUGCAGACAAAAAAGUUGCUGCAGUAAGGAAAUGAGAGAUAAAUUAUAAAUAUUUAGCAAAAGACAGUGGGACUUAUUACAGGCUGGAAUAGAAACACAAAAGGCUAUAAGAGUAAUUAGUUAAAUUUAUAGAACUCAAAACCCCAUGGAAAAGUUGUAGAAUUACUUCUGCUCUGCCUGUGGUUUCAAAAGCUGUAUUCUGAUCCAGCUAGCUUUCAAUAUACUGUGAAUCACCUAAACUCACCAGCAUUCUAGUAUGCAGCAAGAUAAGCUUACCUUGAACAUUAAUGCAAUACAAGGAAACUGAGUCUUCUAAAAACAAACUUCUGAUGUGCAUGUAAUAUAAGUAGUAUCUUAUCAUUUUGAAGGCAAGUUUCUUUAGCUUUUAGUCUGUCCUACAGGACAUCAUAACAUUUUUUUUUCAGGAGGACUGUGAAAUUCUCAGUGACUGAACAUACCACUGGUUUGGCUGAAUAACCUGAUUCCCUCAGUGCUGGAAUUUGGAAGUCCUUUGCAUUAACCUCAAUGAGAGGUGAAUGUGUACAACCAUUCCUCACUUCAGAUUGUGAGCGCUGUUCAAUGUGUUAGAAGGCCUUGGGUGGAUUCAGACUGGUUCCUUGGCAGCAAAUUCAGCUAAGUCCUUAUAGUAAUAACAAGAAAGAAUAUAUAAGAUAUAUGAAGUGUGAAAUAUUGGUCAGUGUAUACACAGGAAAGUUUUGCAAUAUACUCUGAAUUUUAAUCCUGUAAGUAAUGUCUUUACCUCUGUAAGCACAAGAUCUAGCCAGCAUGGCUAAUCUUAGGCUGAAUUUUAAGAAAUGGAAAAGUCUUUUGAUGGAACUGGAAGGAGUGAAGAGUGUUGUUCUCUUCACAAGAAGAAAAGCUCCACACAAGGCUUGUAUAUAUUUCAUUCAGGAAACAUUGCUAAAAUUGCUUCAAAGAUUAAUAAAACAGGAGAGAAAUCUAAUUCAGAAUUGUGCAUAAGAAUCACUACCCAGUCCUAAAAAAUAUACAUGACCCUAAUGCUGCACUGGCAUUCUUGAAGAGUAAGUGCUGGAACAAAAUUGAGUCAAUUUAUUAUGAAGAUUUUAAGGUGAUCUGCAAGUAUCAGGUCUUAAGCCAUUUUGGAUGGAAAUAUCUUUGCUGACAGAAGAUGAAGCAAUUUUGGGCAUGUUCAGCCUAUGAUGAUGUAGUAAAUGAUGUGAAGCAAUGGAUACAAAACAUCUGUGCUCAAUGCAUGCACGAAGGCUGCCUGCCUAGACCUAGACACUUAACUCACCUAAGGCUGCUCCCAGUCAGUAUCUGACAUUCAGCUCUGUGAGGUCUGUGCUUCUUUUGUGAUCUACUCUACAUGGGCAGCAAGCACAGACACUCAAAUAACAAAUCACUGUGAAAGAAAAGGAGCAAACUUAAGCAACUGUGGAAGGGACUAGACAAAAUAGGUAUUGUGCUUUGGUACUGCUGGCAAAAGAAGAUAAUUACCUCAAAAAAAGUGAACUAGAAGUUGAGAAAUCACACCAGUCCUAAUUGUUUUUUCAAGAAAUUCCUUUCAGACAUUCAGGUUUUUUUGUUUGCUAGCCCACAACAAUCUUGA